CUUGUUAAAUUUAUACAUUAGUAUUUGGCCUACACCACUUCCAACUUCUGUUUGGACUAAUAAAACAACCACCUUCGUUUACAACGCCCGCUAAUCAUAUUUCCCUGGUUGCAACCGGACAACGCGAGACAACGCACAGUCCAGAACAAAAAAUUAUUCGACCAACGGCCGAGACCACCAUUUGUCAGGAAAGUAUAAGCUAAUUACGUUCGUAUUAACUUUGAUAGUUAUUUGCCAAGUUAUUGGAGUCGCUGUCACUGGUAGUCCUGUCGUUCCCGCUGCGGAUCGUCUCCAACGUUGUGACACUGUCUGGCGGGCAGGUCAAGAGGCUCCCCAAGACUCUUUUGACGAAUGGAGAAUGACUCGCCCGUGAUGCAAUUAGCUCCUUCACUUCGCACACGCACGCCCUCUCGACGCCCCCUACCAAAUCUUCUUCCAUCACCUACUUCCUUGCUCCAACGCCGCACAGUGAAUGGAACUGUUUUCACUCAAGAAUUAGCCUUGCCGAUAGAACACCUUAUGCCCUUCACAGAUGAUGCCUCUUCUGUGCGAGACAGUUCCUCUCCAACGGCAUUCCAUUCUACUCGGCAGUCUCCACGCUUUUCCCGGCGCUUUGCUCCUCUCACACCCAUUAUCGCAUCCCCGUUGAGCACGCCCCCAGCCAGCGUGACAACUGAAGUUACCUUCAACUUGAACUCCGACACGGAAGAUGACAGGGAUGCAAAAUCUGCGCACCACGAGUCCUGCUGCGUGUCUUCACCCUCUGUGUCUUCACGACCACAUUCGUCUUUCGUCACUGCCUCCGUAUCUUUUCCAGAUCCUGCGCCUUCUAAAGAAUCCUUGGAGCUGACCUCGAAGCGACGAGCAUCACUCCCUCCAAUGACUAUUUCGAAAUCCCUUCCUACCAUCCCUCCCACCCCACCGCCUUUGUCACUGAAUAAACUGCAAAAUAAUACCUCCAGGCGGGGGACGAGAUCGUCGUCCAGAAGUCCGCUACGUGUGAGUAUCAGCGAACACGGUGAACAAGGACCACACCAAACAUAUCGAAGUGGCAAGUCAUCGUCGUCUCAAUCAGCACCGCGGACGAAACCAUUGUUCCACUUGCCCGAGGAUAAUUCUGACAAGGAGGAUGACGGAACGCUCGAGAGUUUGAAUGGAUAUCGUGAGGAUCCACCUGAAGGGGAGGAGUCUAGCCCGGAAGCUGCCAAUCACCCGCUUCAGGCGAAGGAUGAUCUCUCAGGAAAUAAGGACAAUGUGAGGAAAUGUCACGCACUGUUGGAGCUGCUCUCUACGGAAGUUGGAUACCUCUUUGACCUCAAGGUUCUUGUUACUGUGUACCUUAGGCUCUUACCCCGUCUGACAACUCGACCGCCGCAUUCUCCCUCAUCUAGCCUUGGGAUGCCUCAUUUCUCCCGUUCGUCUGCUUUCUCUCCGCCUUCGACCAACCCCGCGUUGCACACACAGUCUUUUCACCAUACCCCCGCGCCAUUCUCUCCUUGCGAAAAUAUACCCCCUGUUGUCAGUGGUCCGCCAGCACUGGCUCCUGUAACAAAGGAAAAAGACAAGUCUCUGAUGCGGCACGUAUUCUCUCCCGCUGACCUUGAUUUGAUAACUCGCAAUGCGGAGGAGAUUCUCAAGUUCCACGAACAACUAGUUUGUGAACUCAGGGCACUCGUUUCCCCUCUCGGCUUUCCGAUGGUUCUUGAUGGAGCUGAUAGGGACGUAACGGGAACGCAAAAAAAGUACGCCCGCAAUUUGGAGACGUUGCGCUCAGCGCUCGAUGCGGUUGCCACGAAGUUCAUUGAACGAGCACCCGAUUUCCGUCUUUACCAAUCAUUCUGCUCCGGACAUCCCGAAGCUUUUGAUGUUGUUCGAAAGGUUCAGCAAGAGUUCCCAGCCGAAUGGGAGGCAUUCGAGCAGCGAUGUACCACUAUGGCUACUGAAAUGCGCAUCGAUACCUCGUUUCACUCUACCACGGACAAAGAAGCCGUAGAUGACGCUGCCGUAGACGAUACUCUCAGUGAAAACGACUUGAUUGCGAAAAGGCGACGGCAUUCGCUUUCAGCCUUGGAUGCACCCAGUCGCCAGCAGAGUGUUUCACGCGUCAGGUCUAAUGCCAACCUCAAAGCCUCUGUCCUCAGUGCAUCUGAAACUGGACACUCAGAUCGGGGGCAAAUUGGCAGGAAGUCAAAGCUCGUAUUCAUGGACUACCUCAUCAAACCUGUUCAACGCAUCUGCCGCUACACCUUACUCCUUGAUCAGCUUCAAGAUCAUCCUCGAAACACAAACGGCAGCUCACGCGAGUCACGCUCCGUGUCUAAUGUAGAAGGCGGAUCGAGCGACGUGGGGGUCCAUGUGGUGCAAAGUGCGUUGAAUGCCAUGCGGACAGUCGCCAGUUCCGAUCUAGCAAUCAAGUCCUCGCUCAUUGCCUCACGAAUAUCCCAGGGAUUAGCACUAGUAACGGCACCCCAUUCCAGACAUCCAUCGCAAAAUCUUUCUUUCGGUUUCGUGUCAUCCCUAGGCCCAUGUCAUCUCGCGGGAUCAUUGGAUGUGAUCCACUACCAUGGCUUCAAUGCUAGUAGCAAUGGCACGGUUAAAGCCAAGUACCUUGGGGCUUUCUUGUACCCUGGCGGUUAUCUUGUGCUCGCCAAAGUUCAUAAAGUUAGGACUUACGAGCCAAAGCACUGGUUUUCUUUAGCGGGUUUUGACCUGGUCGACGCGACAAAAGACGAAGUUGGUUCCGUCCUUUCUGGCCGAGGUCACAUCUUCGAGUUUGCAGCGUCUUGCCGUCGCGAGAAGGAUGUCUGGAAGGCUGCUAUUCACCAUGUCCUCGAACUCCCUGGGGCAUGGAUGGGUGAACCGAUUUGCAGUUUUCGAGGCGAGUCUAAAGGGGCCUUCGUGCCGUCAUUUUUAGAAGAUAUGCCGUAUGAGGUGAUCAGUCCCCUGCCCACUAUCCAGUCUAUCCCCGAGCUGGAUAGUGAAACAUCUUCUUACAGAGACGAGAAGCACUCGCUAUGUGUCCACUCCGAUCCGCCGAAGUCGGGUCGGGUAUCUCACAAAACCGACCUGCCUCAGGGAUCCGACUCCGGUCAUCAGCCUGGUCCUAGCCGUCGCUCCUCUACAAUUUCAAAUAGGACAUAUCUUGGCCCGUUAUCAGAGUCGGAUACGAUUCAUCUUGUUCGGGCCACUGCCCCCGCACGGGAGCAAGUUGAUCGCGGACUUCUCGACGUGUUCUCGGAGGGCUGCCUCUCCGCUCGUUGCUAUGCGCAUACCCACGAAGAAGAGCUCUUCGAAGCAUCCACGGUGUCGCGGUCGUUUUCAAGGUCAAGUUCAGGAUUGACUAUGGCUGGCGCUAUGAGUGUGGCUGCAAAGAACCGCCUGACCAAGCGGGAGAGCGUGCUUGUGCCCAGGAGAAAGAGUUACCUAGAUGGCUUUAGCCAUCACGACGUCCCUGCCGUACCUUGCAUCCCACCAGCCAAGCUGGGCAAACGCCGCCAACCGACGAAGCUCAAGAUCAUUGCCGUUUCGAGGGCUCCAUCCUUGGAUGGAGAUGAAGGAAAAUUGGAGGUUCCCCCAGAGUCGCCUUCCCCUAUGUCACAGUGUUCAUCUGCCCCUAUCCUCCCUGGGCCGCUGCCCGCACCCGCCUCUGUGUUGUCAGGUGUGCCAUUUCGACCAGAGCUUGCAGCGCGGAAGGAAGCCUUUACGCCUAAGCGGAGCCGUUCAAUGGUUGAGAAUGUUCGAGUCCUCUUCUCGCGCUCUACUACAUCGCCAACGCUUCCCCUGUCUCGUGAGCCGUCUCAAUCGAAGCACCUACUCAAGUGGUGGUCGAAAGGGACACUUCGCAGAAGGGUCCGCAGUGCACCCGAUGUUCCAAUCGAAGAGCUUCCCUCGGAUGCAACCACCAUGUCUCUCAAUAAUCCAGUUCCAAGCUUUCACCCUUCCUUGGCGUCCACAGAUCGUCCAAUGUCUCAACCUGAUUUGCUGCGCUUAAACAUGUUUCCACAACCUGCUCCUGGUUCAGUUGCUGGGGAGUUUGGGGUUGGAACAUCAGCGCCAGUGCGAUUGCGGUCGUUGUUUGGAUCGCACAGUCUCCACCGUCGUUCGACCACUGCGACCACAGGUUCAUCAUCUCCAAGUAGCCAGGACGGUGGAACUCCACGCACUGUGCGCAUGCGCCGCAAUCUCUCAUUUUUGUCACGACUUACCCCCAUGACACCGGAUACUGUUCUGCAAAGUUCAUGAUCAUAAAACCAUUGACUGACUUCAUUAUUGUACAAUCAUUCAUCGCCGCAUAUCUUAUGAUACCAGGAUCAAUUCAUACAAUCCCUUUUAUUUCGUUCUUUUCAUUGUCUUAUGUCGCCACGUCAUGCACGACAUACUGUACACCUAGGAAUGCAUUGAUCGUCUUUUGAGG